AUGCGUGCAAGCAGGCUAUAUUCCAGGCAGGAGCAGGAAAAUACAAAGAAUAUUCCGAGUGCUGUUUUACGGUCGUUGGGACAGGCCAAUUCCGACCCGGUGACGCCGCCAACCCUCACAUCGGCCGAGUGGGAAACCUUG